AUGCAGAAACCGUCCCCGGCGCCAUACAGCCCAGAUUUGGCGGCGAAGGCGACGGACCCGGCGCGAUGCGCUUUCAUUUAUUUCAUUCCAAAAAGAGGGUCUGUCCGUUGUAGCAUUUUGCUAUGCUCGUCGGGUGUCGAACUUGUCUCUGCUUGGCCUUUUGAUCCAGGUCCUUGUAGGGCAUGCUCACAUCACUUACCUCGCAAGCACCAGGACAAGUACAACGUUUAUUUCCUCACGGAGUUCCUUGGCGGUGGCGACUUGUUCUAUGCCAUCCGAGCGAUUGGUGCCUUGACCAAGCUCCAGUCCCAGUUCUUCACUGGCUCAAUUGCUUUAGGAAUCGAGUACUUGCAUGGUCGCGGCAUCAUGUACAGGGACCUGAAGCCCGAGAAUGUUUUGCUGGACUUAGCAGGGCGGGCCAAGCUGGUGGACUUCGGCUGCUGCAAGAGGGAGAUCCGCGCAAACACGCUGGUCGGGACUCCCGAGUACUUGGCACCCGAGGUGAUCAAAGGCAAGGGCUACACCAAGUCCAUUGACUGGUGGUCGCUGGGAGUUAUGCUAUAUGAGUUCGUGGUUGGCCCUAUUCCCUUCGGAGCAGGUGAGGAGGAUCAGAUGCGGCUCUUUGCAGCGAUCAGCGAGGCCCCUCUGACCUUUCCCACCUACGUCGCCGAAGACGCCAUGCAGGUGCUCAGCGGGCUACUGGAGCGGCGGCCGGAGAGGCGCCUGGGCAGCUCCGGGGCGAAGGAGAUCAAGAAGCAUCUCUGGUUCAAAGGGUUUGACUGGGAUGCGCUGGCUGGGGGCUUUUUUCCGCCUCCAUGGCAGCCGGAUGCGCAGGCGCAGAUGAGGAACUGGGAGGAGCCCGAUGGUGACCUGAUGGAUCACGUAAGCACGGAAAGCUUCUCGUUCGCCAAGGGAAUGGAAUGGGCGAAGCUCUUCUGA